CCUCAAGCCAGCAGUCGCUCGUUUACCGUGAACCCAGCAGCGCUCUUCCGCGGUCAUCCACACACGGCACGUACACAAACAUUUCAAACGCGACCGUUGUCAGCAGCCGGCGGACCGACAGUUGAUGACCAAACUCCUCUACACAGUUGUCGUUUCGUCAACCGCGCAGACUAGCUUUAUAAACUAUAAAAACAAUUAAAUACAAUAUUAUAAAUUAUAUUAAUCGUGCGCUGAACGUUCGGAAAGUGUGCCGAUAUUCGUGUACCUACGGCAAUAAUAAAGUGUGUGUGCGGCGGCGUGCGUUCAGUAUAUAUAUUUAUACUCGGAACUCGCGCUUUUUCGUCGUCCCUCGACCGAGGGGGACUCGACGUCGCAUCCACCUAUUUACACGCAAUUUUGACUUGUCAUAUUAACACUAAUAACUACAAUGAAUGACGCCAGUUCAUCCAAUAAUGAUGGUGCUUUAAAAAGAAAGAGACAUAACUCUGAAGGUUACCUCCAGAAUGUCGGAAUGUCUAGCAAGAGAAUGAAAUUGGAACACAGUCCAAUUGAACUACCUAAUAUUCUGUCAAGAUCCAAAUUGCACAGUGCAUCCCAACCGUUGCCGACAGAAAGUGUAGAAUAUCAGUCUCUCGCCAAUUUACGCAACUCCAGAGUGAGAGCCGACUCAGACUCGUAUCAGUUGGGCAUCAAUUCUGAAAACAACAAUGAUACAUUCCAACAUCUCAUCGGUAACAAUAACGGAAGUGUAGAGCGACGUCCUCUGUCUGAGCUAAAAGUGCUAUCCCCCGAUUCCAAUUCAUCGCAUCAUUCCGAUGAUAGGUCUGAAUCAGACGUCAGCAGCCCUGCUCUCAGCGAACCUACUCCAUUGUUGUCCGACAACGAGCUCAGCCCCGACUGUAUCAACAGUUCUGAACCAAAGAAAAAUAUCGAAAAUGAUCCACCAGCUUAUGUACCCACUCCACGUUACUCGACGAUCCAAGAAAACUACGGUAGCAACAUGAUCAAUACUUGGAGCAAAUUCCGAGACUUGGCUAUUAACCACAAACCGGUAGCUCUGAACGAUAGGCCUUGUCCUUUGCCGGAGAUUCCGUGGGGAAAGCGCGCUUCCUAUUGGCAGAUGCUCUGCGAUCGGGAUGCCGCAACGCUAACAUACAGAAAUGUCGAUUUCCCCGAAUAUCAAAACUUUAUUAUGCCACGAAUGAGGGCUAUCCUUCUGGACUGGUUAAUAGAGGUGUCGUCUGUGUACAAGCUUCAUAGAGAGACCUAUUAUCUGGCCAUGGACUACUUGGAUAGAUACCUUUCCAAUAGUGAUGCAAUCCCAAAGCAAAAGCUGCAACUCAUCGGAAUCACUUGUUUAUUCAUGGCCGCCAAAAUGGAAGAGAUAUAUCCACCCAAAGUAGCCGAAUUCGCAUAUGUUACCGACGGCGCAUGCACUGAUGCCGAUCUCCUGGAUAUGGAGAAAAUCCUAUUGAUGAACUUGCGUUUCCGCCUGACGCCGGUUUCCAUCAACUACUGGGUGGAACUGAUGUUGCAGUUUAUUUGUGUCGACGACAGCACAUCCGAGGAUAGUCUGAUAUUACCUCAAUUUCCGCAAAAUUUAUUCAAUCAAGUGGCCCACCUUUUGGACUUGGCCACUUUAGAUUCGAACAGCUUACGUUACUCGUACAGUGAACUAGCAGCGUCAGCACUCACCAUCGUUCUCAACAAAAAAAUCGCCCUGACCAUUUCCGGUCUUUCUGAAGGAAAUGUUAGCAAUUGUGUCGAUUGGAUGUCAGUAUAUUGGAGUGUAAUUCUCGAAGAAUACCAAUACGAAGAGAUCGACUUUGAAGGAGACUCUGAACAAGUCGACGGCACUCACGUCAAACAACAACACUUAGUCAGUAUGGAUAUGUAUGAUUUGGCCCAAAGCAGGUUUGAGCUAAUUCAACUAUCGAGGGUUAAUAAAGGUCCAGUUACUCCUUCUAACCUACUCACGCCACCUUGGAGUGGCAAAAAAAAACCUUUGGCCGCGGAAGACUGUAAGCCUUCAUGUAGCUAUAAGUAACCAGUGAGAUUUUUUUUAUUAAAAUUAAAAUGUAUAUCCCUUACAAUAAGUAGGUAUUGAAUUCAGUUUUAAUUUCCAAGUGUUAGCACAGACAAUUAUGAAAUAUUAUCACAAAGUCGUCUUGAUGACAUUUGUUUUCGAUUAUAAUGUGCAAUAUUAAUAUUCUUUUUAAAAUUUUUAACAACAAUUUACUAAAUUUACUUAAUGUUCAUAAAAAGUCAUGAAGAGAGUUGUGUAAACAUAUUGUAGAUAAUUGAUGACAUUUUUAUUUUAAUGAUCUCUCUAGUGAAAAAUGAAAAUUAAAAAAAAAAUCAAUUACAUUGAUUUAAUAUAUAGUGUUUUUUUUUAAUAGAAAAUAAUUUAAUAAAAAAACAUUACUGUUAACUAUUCAACCGUAUAACCAAAUUUGUUUAUUUUAAUAAUCAACACGGUAGUCAAAAAAUGUUUAAUUAACAUCAAUCUUUUUUCUGUACAUUUAUUUUUUUCAUACUAAAGCCAAAAAUAGUUUUUAUAUUUUUUAAAAGAACUGAACUUUUUUCGUUAACGCCAUUAUUUCUUCAAAUUAACGUAACUUUCCUUUAUUGACUUAUUGAAUAAACAUUAUACUUUUGUAUUCUAGUCUUA